GCACCACAGCUGCACUCCAUGAAGGAGAGAGAUGUUCAAUGAGCCUUGUAGGAAAGCACAGCGAUCUGGUCACUAUAUAUUUCAGGGAUGGGAACCAAACUUGAAUAUGCCAUCAAUCUUCUAGCAACUUCACAAAAUAGCAGUAGUGUUGGUGUACGUUGUGUGGAUGACCUGGAAUAUUUGCAGACCAGGGGUCUGAGUAAGGACCUUCAAGUUGGUGGGACAGACAAGUUUUGCAGCUCUAUGGACAGGAUGCCUGAGAAACACAACAUAGACGUCAUCAAGAAGACAAUGCAGUUGCAUGAUGAUAUCUUCAAACAACAGUGGAACUUGCAGGUAAGGGAACUCCAUAGGCUGUACAGUGUUCAAAAGAUGUUGAUGGAUGAGUUGAGCAAGAAUGAAAUUAAACAAAACAGGAAGUGCUGGACUCCAAUGACUAGUUCCUAUAUUAACUACUCUCAAUUCGCUAACCGGCCUAAUUCAACAGCACAAACAACUUGUGGUUAUAGUUUCCUUUUUCAAAGCCCGAGGGAUGAUCCAAGUUCAAGAGAAAGAAGUGGUAGCUGCUCAGAUGAGACGGUGAGAUUUACAAGGGGAUUCGAUCUUGAAAGGCUUGCUGAGCAUAUAUCAACUGGAGUUGGAGCCGUGGACGAGAACCAAGCUGGGCCAAGCACUUGUGCACCCCAAAAAGGGAAAAUGAGCAUAGAUGGAUCUGAUGAAGAUAGUGAAGUGGAGCUGACGUUAAGCAUCGGAGGUACCGCUACAAGCAAGAAGAUAUCCAAAAGCUACCAGACACUUGAGCUUGAUUCUCCAGCCUCGUUUAAAUCUGAACGACGAGAGGAUUACAGCACUCCUAUAACCCCAAUGAGCAGCUCUACUGCAACAUGCGGUCAGGACAGAAAGCGGCCGCACUGGCUUUUCCAAAAAGUUUGAGUAUAAAUAGGACUUGACCAUAUGUAUCUGUGUGUCCUUCUAAAACUCCACUUGACUCGGACCAACAAAAAUCUAUGGUCAUUGAAUUGAGAUUCUUGAUUCAGUUCCAACCUCGAUCUAUUAAAUGGAUUUUGAGGAACCCUUAUCUGGGGUAUUACAUUGGUUGUGAAUAGGACAUCUACUGCACGUCAAUCUAGCUACCUUUUCUUUUCAAGUCCACCAGUUCAAUAUUUGAAAUCUCGAUCUACAGACAUUGUGUUUUAGUUGUUCUGCACCAAUCUUAGUUUGUAAACUUUUCCAAUUUCAGAUAUGUAAGAGCAGAUUGGAGAAAGAAA